AUGGAACAAAAUCUCGAUGAGCCAGUGCCAAGAAUGGGGCCCAUCAGACUACGACAAAUGAACUUGCCGGAAUGCUACAAGAAAAUUAAAUUGAGUAAAUUCAAGUUUUCAGCUCCAUUCAACGUCACAGUUGAACCAAUACAAAUUGAUAGCGAUUCAGAUGAAGAAAAAGAAAAAAUAGCAUCAGAUUUGAAUUUGCCAGCAGAAACUAAAAAGGAAAUCCCUGAUAAGCUUAAAGAACCGAAGAUAAUGACUCAGACUCAAGCUACACAAAUAAGAAAAAGACAUAUUUUUGAUGACAUUAAAAAUAAUAACAGUAAAACCCCUACCCCUAAUGUAAAGCCUAGAGCCUCAACUUCAAAUAAUACAACCAAUAUAGAACCAAAAAUAUUUUCUACUGUAACAUCCAAAAAAUAUUUACAAUCCCUAUUAAGUCCAAAAGAAAAAGAAAUAUUGAAAAAAAUCAAUAAACUGAAUUCCAAUUGCCAAAUAAUCUUACUAAAACUAUAUUCAGAAAAAUGCGAUUGGCAUAACGUUUAUCAAUUUUGCAAGAGAAACAACAUUAAAGAGGAUAAAAAUACAGUUGACAAGUUUCAGCAUCUACAUCAUCAAUGUUUUAUUGAUAUUCGCAAUAUCAACAUGAAUGAUAUGGACACUUAUGAUUUCUUACAAAAACUGAAUCAAAAAAAGCUCAAAGAAAUAAUAAAAGAGAAUAAAGUUAUUAAGUGCAAGAAAUAUUCGAAUCAAGGCAUGAUUGAUUCAAUAGUAUUCUCAUGUACUAAUCAAAGAACCUUAACUGGACAUUCAUAUAAAGACACAAUUAUGAAAAAAAUUAAAAAAAAGAUUGGAUUUGACAUACAGUUACUACCCUCUGUGUAUGAAGCCAUAAAAAACAUAUACAUUUUAGAAACCCUUUUCAAUAACAAAAUACAAAAUGUAAAAGAUUAUAUUAACAUAAUUACUACAAACAUCACAUUACCUAAAGUUCCCCUGGAAGACUACCCUAUUUUUGCUUCAAGAGACAAUUUCCUAACAUACACUAAAGCCAAAACCAUGCAAAAAGAAUUUGAAAAUAUUUUAAAUACAAAUUUAAUUAGACCCCAAAAAAUAUCGGCCAUCAAAGAUUUAGGAGAAGAAAUUUACAAUGAACUAAUAACAAUAGAUUUUCAAGAUGCUCACCCAAAUGCCCCAUACAUGAAUAUAUUCACAGACCAAUUUACAUAUAUCGACUUGCUUACUAAAUGCUAUGAAAAAAUUUAUACAACUCAUGUUUUAGAAGGAAAAAAAUGGCUAGAAUAUUUAAUCGACCAUUUUCCAAAUUCUAAAAAAUUUGGCCAUUGGAAUUAUCAAUUAAUCUGGUUGUACAUGAGACACUUGGAAGAAAUUGACUUGAAAUCAGCCACAAGGCUGUUGGUGCAAGUGUUUUCUAGUCACUCAGACAAAUUGAGUGAAUCUGAUAAACACAAUUUAACUUAUUUGAGUCUAAUAUUAAAGUCAAACAAAACGCUGCAAAUAAAUGAAAUUUUCUUUGAACGAAUAUCAGAAAUGGCACCUGAUCCGAUUAAUGUGUCAGCAUUUUUGCAAGAGGAAUUUUCAUCUGAAACUAAUGUGACGCGUAAAAUGAAUAAGGAAACUGGGUUUACACAUUUAGAACAAGUGGCCUUAAAUCACUAUAGUAAAGCUGCUUACAGUGAAGGCAGAAAUUGUCAAAUUAUAAUAAGUACACUUUUUGUUGCUUAUUUUUGGGACAUUUUGUAUAGUCCCUCUAAAAAUCCUACUGGUGUUUUUAUCAGUGAAUUACAAUCAGCUCCGCUUGAUUUGCAUGACCAAUAUUUUUAUGGUAAUAGAAAGCUGGAAAUUGAUAAGCGAUUGAAGGAUAUUCAAGAAAAAUGGUCCAGCAAAGAGUUUAUUGAGUUUGGAGUGGCCAAUUUUGAAAAUAAUUGCCUAUAUAAGUCUUGUUUUCAAUUAUUAUUACCUUAUGCUGGAUUGGCUGUGGAUAUUCCAGAUGUUGAUGUUUUUCGAGAGUUAGCUGAGAUUAUUGGAGGAAGAGUUUUGGGACAAAUAUUUCAAAGAUUAGUCCAAGACCUUUCCGAUUCCAUUACCAACAUGCCAAGUUUGUUAGUUUGGAAUCCAAUGGAUAAAAGCUGGAAAUUCAUCGAAGUGAAAAAUGCAAGGGCCAAAACUCCAGUUGAGAAGUUAUUGUGGCUUCGGUAUCUCCAAAGUAUUGGAGCCGGGGUUGAGAUUUUUAACAUUAGAAAUCCGUCAAAAAGGAAUGAUACCACUGUUCCUAAAUUUGAAGAAUCUUCAGCUAGUGAAGAAGAAGAAGAAUAUGAAGAGGAAGAGAAUUAA